AUGAUGAACCCCACCAAGUAUACAAGAACCAAAAAGGCUGGUAUAAGGCCAGUAGAAAGGUGGGUCGGGGACGCAACAAGUGCAGUAAUUGUAAUGUUUAUGGGGCAUAGUAGGAAAAACUGCCCAGAUUUGAAACAUAAUGAUGGCAAGGAGAGUGAGAGGCCCUUAGUUGGGCAGAAGCGAGUAGCACCCAAAUGGUUUGCAAUUGAACCUUUGGCUGAUGAUAUGGUUAAGCAAAAGGGAAGAGGAAAGAAAGUACUCCCAAACAGUCAAUGUGAAUACUGCAAACGCAGAGGGCACAAAGCAAAGUCUUGUCCAGCACUAGAAAGGAGAUUACAAAAGAGGAAGGAAGCAGCCAAGCAAGACAAUGGUAAGGGUCAGCAACAAAUUCAAAAGGGUGCUAAGCAGAAGCAGAAUAAGAAUCGUAAAGGAAAUUUCCAGCUUCGUGAUGAAGAUGAAAAUGAUACUGGCAUCCCGAUGUCCAAAACUAAGUGGAAAGGAACAAAUCAGCUUCUUGAUGGAGAUGAAAAUGAUCGCGUGGUCCUGCUUAGUGAUGGAGAUGGAAAUGAUCCUGGUAUCCCGGUGUCCAGAACUAAGAGGAAAGGGAAAAAUCAGCUUCUUGAUGGAGAUGAAAAUGAUCCCGUGGUCCUGGUAUCCAGAAGUAAGGGGAAAGGAAAAUUUCAGCUUCGUGAUGAAGAUGAAAAUGAUCCUGCUAUCUCGGUGUCCAGAAUUAAGCGGAAAGAAAUACAUAUUCUUGUUGAAGAUGAUGAUGAAGAUUUUCCUAUUAUCCGGGUGUCCAGAACUAGGCGGAAAGGAAAAUUUCAUAUUCUUGAUGAAGAUAAAGGUGCAGAUGUUCCAGUGACCACUACAGUGGAUGGAGAAGAUGAAAAUGUUGUUCCACAAGCAAAAUCUGUGCCAUGUGAAUAUUGUGAAAUGACCAGUCAUCGGACCGCUCAAUGCCCUCAAGAACAAUUAACACGUUGGUUAGAAAAGGAAAGUUCUGACAAAGAGCAUGAUGAUGCAGCAGACAGUGCUCUUGAACCACGUGCAGACUGCUCAGGAAAUUUAGACAUGGAUGAAAGGAAAGAUCAAAAUAAGGAAUCAUCGAAGUUCAUUACUGCACCUGAUGAGCCAGCGAAGGCAACAGAAAAUAAUGGUCUACCUGAGGACGUAGGAAACUCCGUUGUUUCACCGGUGGGAUGUGACGGUGAUAGAGAAGUAGAUGACAUCAGGCCAGGGGUGAAAAAUUCGAGACAAAACUUGGAGAAGAACCCUGACAAUAGCUUCAAACUAGGUGUUGGUCGGUCACGCAAGGCUAGAUAUCGAAUGCUAGAGGGUCUAAGGUAUCAUAUUGAGGUUGGAAUUAAGUAUGAUGGAACAUUGAAGCCAAAAUAUGAUUCGUGUCAAGGUAGAAUCAAGUUGACAACGAAGUCAACAAGAUCGCGUCGACAUAAUAACCAAGCAAAUGAGAUAGACGAGAAGGCUGACAAGGUGCAUGUCGACGUUGUAGCCGAGAAGAGGAAAUCAACAAAGAAGUCGACAAGAUGCCGUCAAGUUCAUGGCCGAGCAAAGGAAGUCGACGGGAAGGUCGACAGUCGCGCGUCAACUGACUUGUCGGUCAACCUUCUGGGAUGCAUCUCCAACUAUCCUUUCCCAAAUCUGGCUAGAAACCCCAAUUCUAAUAAGAUGUCAAAAACAUCACACUCUAACUCCGAAGAUGAUAGUGAUUUCAGUGAGUUAGAGCUUGAUGAACGGACAGAUAGUUUGUAUAAUUCUUUGGGAAAUGGAGAAGUAGCGGUGGAUCCCCUUCAAUCUCACAAUCCACAGGACCGCUUUGUUUACCCUCCAAUCACUAUUGUUGUUAACCUGGCUAGAAAACUCGAUUGUGGGAAGUUUGUUGGACCGAGUGGCAGGGCUAUGCGUGAAAAGUUUUUGUUUGAAGGUUUUAGUCGGACAAAAGUGGAGCUAUUGUGGGAUGAUGAAACUGGCCAUUCGGCAAUAGGUAUUGUUCAUUUUAGAAGUGGUUUUGAUGGAUUCACAAAUGCUCUUGUAUUUCAUCAGGCUUAUAAGAAUGAUCAUCAUGGGAAGCAGGAUUGGCCUGUUACUCACAAUGAUUCCCUAUAUGUCUGGGUUGCUCAAGAAAAUGAUUACGCGUCCACUGGAAUCGUUGGGAGGAAACUCAGCAGGUGUGCAGCCAUCAAAAGUUUCGAUGAAAUCCAAGGUCUCUAG